AUGAACUUUGAUGACCCAGUGAUUCUAAUAGGUAACUCAAAAGCUUGGAUUGCCCUUUUCACCUGUGCGAUGUAUCGUGCCGUUCACCUCGAAUUAGUAACAUCUAUGUCAACAGAGACAUUUCUACUAGCUUUUCAUUGUUUUGUUGCUCGCAGAGGGAAACCUUCAGUCGUGUAUAGUGAUAGUGGGACUAAUUUCAAAGGAGCUGCCAGUGCUUUAAUUGAGUUUGAGAAACUUUUCCAUGAAGCAGGAAAACACAUAACUUGGAAGUUUAUACCACCUAUUGCUCCUUGGUGGGGAGGUUGGUGA